GUAGAUGAGUUUUGCAAUUACUUACAUAUUCACAGCAUUUACCCGCAUAAAUAAACUUCAUUUACACAUUAUUUUAAAAGUGUACAGAUUUCGGUACUCAUAAGUAAAAAAAAAUAAGUCAUAAAGUUAAGAUUGAUAAAACCACAGGCACCCUGUUUGAUCAGCUGAGAUAGUUAAUAAUAAUGGCACAACUCCGGCGAGAAGCUUUACGGAUGUUUAAGAAACUUCAUCGUACCAGACAGUUUGUAUUUCAAGGAGAUGAACGUACUUUAGAAGCUGGACGGAGAGAAAUUAAUGAACACUUUCGUAAAAAUCGUAAUGAAAAGAAUGAGGAUGAAAUAAAAAAGAUGAUAGCGCUCGCAAAGGAUGUAGACAAAGAACUGCGCACAAGUGUUAUACAAGCAGUACAAGAAAAAGAAGGCGUAUAUCAACUGCGUAUCACAGAGGAAACCACACGUUUGGAUAAUGUUGUUUUUAAUCCAGAUGCAAUAAUUGAGGGCUUAAAACCAAGUGGACGAAAAGAAAGAACCAGUGGAGGUUGCUGUGGGGGACAAAUGGCAAGCAAAGAAAAGAUAAAUCCUAAUAAAGUUCGAUCAAAUUAAAAAUAUUUCAAUAUUUUCA